UCCCCAGGAUCCCUUUGGCUCUGUCCCCAAAUCCCCAGGAUCCCUUUGGAUCUGUCCCCAAAUCCCCGGGGUCCCUUUGCCGCUGUCCCCAAUCCCCAGGAUCCCUUUGGAUCGAUCCCCAAUCCCCGGGAUCCCUUUGGCUCUGUCCCCAAUCCCCAGGAUCCCUUUGGAUCUGUCCCCAAUCCCCAGGAUCCCUUUGGCUCUGUCCCCAAAUCCCCAGGAUCCCUUUGGCUCUGUCCCCAAUCCCCAGGAUCCCUUUGGCUCUGUCCCCAGUCCCCAGGAUCCCUUUGGAUCUGUCCCCAAUCCCCGGGGUCCCUUUGCCACUGUCCCCUCUCCCUGGUGACGAUGAUGCUGAACUCGGAGCCGGCCGCCCUCGAGGUCCCCUCGGCGCGCCCCGAGCCCGAUCCCGCGUUCGGGGCCGGCGCCGGGGCCGCGGGCCCGGCCGGGAAGGAGCCGCUGAGCCGCGAGGAGCGGCGGCGCCGGCGCCGCGCCACGGCCAAGUACCGCACGGCGCACGCCACGCGCGAGCGCAUCCGCGUCGAGGCCUUCAACGUGGCCUUCGCCGAGCUGCGGCGGCUGCUGCCCACGCUGCCCCCCGACAAGAAACUGUCCAAGAUCGAGAUCCUGCGCCUGGCCAUCUGCUACAUCUCCUACCUGAACCACGUCCUGGACGUCUGACCGUCCGUCUGUCCAUCCAUCUGUCCAUCCGGCCAUCUGCUACAUCUCCUACCUGAACCACGUCCUGGAUGUCUGACUGUCCGCCUGUCCAUCCCUGUGUCCAUCCCUGUGUCCAUCCGGCCAUCUGCUACAUCUCCUACCUGAACCACGUCCUGGACGUCUGACUGUCCGUCUGUCCAUCCCUGUAUCUGUGUGUCCAUCCCUGUGU